AUUCAGUUCUGAUCUGGUGGUGGUGGUGGUUCCUGUUUCUCUUGCUGCUUCUUGUGUCCGAAUUUCGCCCAAAAUUUCUGCCCACUUCGGUCCCCCCGUGUCCCCUGAGGAACACCGAUACCCCACCCAUUUUUGAGCCAGGAGCAUUGAAUAAGGAAUAAAAUCGAGACAAAAUGGCAGAUAUGGAAGAACAUGAAUUCCACACUGCUGACUCUGGGGCAUCUGAAACCUUCCCUAUGCAAUGCUCUGCUCUCCGUAAAAACGGAUUCGUCAUGCUCAAAGGACGUCCUUGCAAAAUUGUCGAAAUGUCUACUUCGAAAACCGGGAAGCACGGCCACGCCAAGGUCCACAUGGUCGGACUCGAUAUUUUCACUGGGAAAAAGUGCGAGGAUAUUUGUCCAUCAACGCACAACAUGGACGUGCCUUUCGUCAAGCGAGAAGACUACCAGUUGAUGGAUAUUUCUGACGAUGGGUUUUUGACAUUGAUGGGUGAUUCUGGAGAUCUUCGCGAGGACCUGAAGGUCCCCGAUGGUGAUGUUGGCGUGCAGUUGAAGACCGAUUAUGACGCUGGUCGGGAAAUCCUUUGCACUGUGCUGAAGUCGUGUGGAGAAGAGGUCGUGAUUGCCGUCAAGAACAACACUGCCCUAGAGAAAACCAACUGAAUAGCCAAACGAACGCAGUCCAUUUCAUCUUCAUCAACUCGCUUCGUUGUUCUAAAAAGUGAAAAAA